CUGCUAUCAGCUACUUUUUAAAUCUCCCAUGGUGGAUCGCAUGCAUAACACAACGUCAAAACACCACACCCAUGCUACCCAUGACACUAUCCUGCCGGCUGUUUCAUUGAUACGGUUAUCAUUUUGGCGCUGCUACUAACUCCGUUCCUGAAUGAAUAUUCCAACAAAGGCUUAUCACUAUUUUCUGAAUAUUAGCUAACUUACUUACAUCACUUACUGACGGAGUCGCUCAAUCUGAAGUAAACUUGCUCAUUUGAGGAGGAUUCUGAUUUGUAAACUGUUCACAUAAUGUUGGUCUGUAUAUUUAUGGAUCUUCGGCCACCAGUCACAUAUGUAAGCGAAAAUGAGGUGUUGUUCUCUGACUGUCAGCACGGUAUUACACCAACGAUGUACAGCGAGCUAAGGCAUAGGUUACAGCGUAGGCUCUACGUCGACAUGAAGCCUACGCUGUAGCUACGGCGUCGAUUCAGCAGUAGUAUAAAUUCGCAUUAACGCCUCGCUUCCACUUAUGUAACGUUAUGUGACUGGUGCCUGUAGAUCUGUAAAUGUAUAGAUGAUGCCUCUAGUGUCCAACGCAAGGAAGUGUAUUUCCUUAUGGAUGAAUAGAAACCCCAUAGAAAGUACCUGCAGCAAUGGGGAAGAAUAAUUAGUAGUUUAGAAUAUACACUUGGAACAUUACCGGGACAAAAACAGAACUUGCCAGGUACAUGGCGUGUUUUGUGAAAUAUUUAAUCAAAAAGAUGUAUGAAUGGCUGAACGAGUCAUAAUUACAAUCUGACAGUAUAUAAUGUAUAACCAUAUUUUAACAGAGUACUUACUCAAAUUUAAAAUGUUUUAAAACUAGAUAAACGAGUCCUUUUUAAUCAUACAAACUCACUUCACAAUUAACACAGGCGACUGAACUGAAGGAAAUAGCUUGUUAGGUAGUUAGCACCCUAUUAGCUAGCUAGCUAACACGUAGCACACUGUCAUAUCCACCGCAGAAGUUCAAUUUUUUAACCUACUCGCGGCAAUUUCCGGACCGAAAUAUUAAAGAGGAGAGGAGUUUCGCAGGUACAUCGGAUUCCACGGAUAUUCGCAUAGGAAUGAAUGGACUUCCCAGUGUCUCGUCCUGUAAACAUAGGUAGUGGAAACGCAGCGUAUAUACACACAGCUUCCGGCGGUCUCUGACGUUUCUUUACGUACCGUCUGGCGCUCGUGACCAGCUCGAGCGUCGAGUCAACGGCAGCAGACAACAACACAACAACUGCCACGGUAAUGGCAGCAAAUAACAGAAGCUUUUAUUGGCUCUAACAUUGGGAAAUGUCAGUGUUUUGAUCAUGAUAUGGACAGAAAAGUGCGGUUGGAGUGGUUUUAAAACUAUCUUAUCAACGUUUGACUAAUGUUUUUAACCGUUAGCUUAUUUUGUAACAGUGGAGAUAAUAUCAGUGUUUACACCCAGCUUGUAAGAAGGAAACUAUGGAGCAUUGCUGCCGAUAUGGUUUUAAAGUUUAUUUACGGUUUCGAUAGCUUUUUUGAAGGUUUGGCUAGCUAACCUAGCAUUGGUGUUAAUUUCUUACGUACAUUAACUGCGCAUGGAUUCAACGAAGAACAGGAAGGCUAGCUACAACUGCCGUUAUCCACGAGCUUUUCAGAGUCACCGUUAAAGCCAACCAACAGAGGCCGGACUCCCUCCUCCACCCAUGAAUGUAUGACUGCAACUGAAAGUAGUUUGCAAAGAUAAGUGCUAGUAUGGAGGAAAAGAGAAGAGAUGGAGACGGACUGGUACCUGGAGGUGGCUGAGCGCGGUCCACACUGCAGGAAGUAGGGAGACGAAACUGAAUCCCUGCAAGGAGCAAGCAACACCAGUUAGAAAGGACAUAUGCAGGGCUGAGUCUGGAUACCCUGCAGGCAGUAGGAGAGGAAAGGAUGAGUUCCUCAGCUCUGUCUUGGACAAUACCGCCCACUCUCCCUACGAUGAGCUGAUGCAACUAUGGAGCACCUUUAGCCUCCAGCUCAUCCGCCUGAGCCAGUGAGAGGAAAAGUUUGGAAACAUCGGUGCAGGGAAGUUGGCUCGAGAACAGGACCGCAAUACUCCUCCUGGUGUUUGGAAGAAGAUGGGAGCAGGGUUGGAGGGAGAGGCUUCUGCAGAGACCGGUCCGGGAGGAGUAAUGUUCUGCCGGUGCUCACAAUUCCCACCGGUCUAAUCGAGGGAGCUAGACGGCAGUGGGCCUCACAGAACAGAGGACGCAGUGAAGGACACUGGGGUAGACUGUCCAGAUACCCACCCCAGCUGGAUCAUGGGUAACCAGACUGGCAGAGAAAGUCAUGGCACUACAGGUUCUCCUUUAGAUUUCUUCCACACGCCUCCCACCACACCCUCAGAGGCAGAGCUGACUGCCAUGGCCUUAUCCUCUGCAGCUUCCUCCAGUAAGGCACAGACGCCGUCACCAGCCGGCAGCGCCACCCCCUCCACCACCUCUCCACUGGCCGAAUGGACACAGAAACUGUCUGCUCCCUCAGAAUGGGCUGUGAUAAGCGUGGACAGCGUCAGCUCAGAGACAAAAGUGAGCGAUGCAGCAGGGAGGCACGGGAAGGCAGCAGGCAGCCCGGUCAGCCCGGCGUCCCUGCCUGCGUCCAGAGGAUCACCUUCAGAGCAGAGCUGGCAGGAGCGGGACAGUGGACUGGAGCCGCAGGCUGCAGCGGAGAGAGCCGGAGAGGAGAUGACCCUGGUUUUACUCAGUCUGAUGGAGCACUACAGGGCCUCACUGGGCCUGUCACCCAACACUGAUGUCACGACAGGAGCAGUUGAGCUGCUCAGGCGCUUGAUAACAGAGAGAGAUGAGCUGGUGGAGGAGGUGGACACACUGAAGGAGACGCUCAGGACGGAGAGGUCGGAGUGGCAUCAGUUCCAGUGCGACCUGCAAGUUGCGGUGUCUGUGGCCGACAGGCUGCGGGUGGAGUCGGACCAGGCUCUGGGUUUGCUCCAAGAGAGCCACAGGGCCGUGGAGGAGCAGCUGGCCCAGGCCCUUAGCAGACAGCAGGACACGGACAGGGAGCUGGAGAGUCUGAGGGCCGAGCACAGAGACGUCUGCUGCAAACUGACUGAACUCACCCUGCAGCAGCAGCAGGAGCGAGCCGAGCUGGACGCUCUGAGGAGCGCAUGCCGGGUGAAAGACACGACAGGCCGUGAUAAACGGGCAGAGAGACAAGACUCUGAGGAGGGGCAGGGGGAGGAUACACAAAAGGUUAUGGAGGAAAAAGUCAACACAGAAGCUAGAAAUGCUGAAAAACAAGAGGAGGAGAGUGACACAAAUAAAGAGGUGGAUGCUCAAGUUGUAGAUCAUGAUCCUGAGGAGGCGAAUGGAUCAGGGAGCACGCAGCUGAAAGGGAAAGGAGUGGCAGAGGGAUACCUGCGCAGUUUGGCUGCCCUGGAGAAGAAGAAAGAUGGGAGGGAUCCGAGGAGGAUUGUCAUGCUGUCUGAAAGAUCAUGGAGUCUUUCUCGUCUCCCGCUUCCAUCUGACUCCUCCAAGGAAAAUGGCACCUCAAAAAACACAAGCACAACACUGCCGCUGUGUAAGAAAGAAGAGCCGCCGAAACGAAGGAGGUUGGACCGGAUUUUGCAGCGGCAGGACAGCUGGUCCAGCUUUUACACAGGAAAACAAGAUGAGGACCAAAGCUCAGAUUCCAUCAAAUCUCAGGAUGGUUUCAGUGCUCUGCUGAGGCGUCAUGGCGGCUCCAGAAGAAACUCCCUGCUGCGCUGGUCCCAGGGUCGUACCCAAGGUUAUAAGAAUAUUGAGAUCACAAACUUCAGCAGCAGCUGGGAGGACGGCUUGGCGUUCUGCGCCAUUUACCACACAUAUUUACCCACUCACAUCCUGUACGACACCCUCGACCCAGCAGACAAGAAGGAAAAUCUGGACCUUGCUUUUAAGACAGGAGAGAGUGUUGGGAUCACAGCCACACUGACGGUGGAGGAGAUGCUGAAGGCAGACGGGCCGGACUGGCAGAGGGUCCUGGGUUACGUCGAGAGCAUUUUCCGUCACUUUGAGAUGUGAAGUUGUUUCUCUUGUCUCUCUUGCCUGGUCCUUUUCCAUCAUUGUGACUGUGGGACUGAAACACCACCAGAGGGAGCUCUACUCACACUGAACUCUGCAGACGGGAUUUAAAGUGUGUCAGCAAUAUUAGACUUUAUGACAUUAUUUUAUUUAUCAAUACGAUGUCCUUUGCACAGAAACAAGUUGGAUGGAAGAAACUGAACCUUGGACUGUUUUUACUUUGUAUGUACUAUCUAUUCAGAUCCAAACAGCUGCUGGGUGAUGAUGCACAAUACACUGAAAACAGAUUUUAAACCCCUACACGACUUUACUUUCACAUUUGUUACUGGGUGCACUGGUUUUGCACUGUUUGUCUUUUUUAAAAAUAUGAGCACUUUAUGAUUGUUAACUUGCGUUAUAUUUUUAAAAGGAUGGUUUCAGAAUUUGGGCACUUAAAUUAUUUUUUAUCAUGGAGCUCUCCUGCCGUUAUACAGUGUUAUCAUGUCUACAUGCACCCAAACCUAAAAGCCACAAACAGAGGAUGGGAGCAGACAUGAACCCAGAUUUUAUAUACUGGAAUGGUGAUCUAUAAACACUACAGUAUCUGUCGAAGAAAAAAAUGCCUUUGAGGAUAUGUAUACAUGUAAAUGUGUGCGCUUCAGUAUUUUUAAAAACAUGGUAAACAUA